CUAAAUUUCUCUGAAAAUAGGUCCAACAAAGGCUGACUGAUCAUACUUGUUUAAAACAAUCGUGCUUGAACAUAACAUCAUCAAAAUAAUUCACGCCUCCAAUUGAGCUGACAACUGCAGCUAAAAACCUCUUGGUUCCAGAUUCGUCCAAAACUAAAACUCACCACAGUAUAAUAAGAUGGGUUCAACAAGAGAACCGAGUGUUCUUAUCCGGUCUGAUACGUUUGUAGCCACAAACAUGGGGGCUGCUCUAGAGAACCCUAUCGGAGCGGACACAAGCAUUUCUAGCACCCUCUCGCACCGGGAGCUCGAGGAAUGGUGCGAAUCGGCGGAACAGGAGUGUCGAGGGCUUUACCAGGACUUGAAGGAGACCAUGGGGGAGAGUAAGAAGUGUCUGCGGGAAUCAGAACUCAAGUUCAGCAGGGUCUUACAGGAGAAGAACAGGCUGCAGAAGGAGAGGGACAACGCCUUAGCAAAGGUCCAAGCCCUGAAGGAUGAAGCCGUUUCUAAGGACCACAAGUCUGCUGAACGACUCGCUCUGCUCCAGGAGCGACUGGUCCUGAAGAGUAAGGAGUGUGAGGAGCUUCAGAAGGCAAACGUCGCCAUGGACAGGAAAAUGAAGGCCGAGAAGAUCAAGCAUGGCAGGAACAUGGCCAAACUGCAGGACGAUAUGACGAAACUGCGGAAUGUGAAUAAAAGACUCGUAGACGACUGCGACAACUCCAAGAAGCUGGCUCUAGAGGCUCUUAAACAGGCAGAGAACGCAGAAAGAUUCAGACAAGACGAGAUGAGGAAAAGAACCCAGAUGGAAGAGCGGAUGCAGUUCCUCAUCCGAGAGAAAGAGGUCCUCACCAAGAAGCGCUACAUGACCGACAAGGCGUACCACGAGGCCGUGCGGCGCAUGGCUCACGUCAUCAGCGAGAAGGAAGAAAUCACCAUAGAGAGGAACAAGGAGCGAGCCAUGAGGACGCAGCUAGAGAGAGCGUUCGACCAGAAAAGUAGAAACACAGAAGGUAACAAAGAAACUAUGAACGAGAUGAAGAAGAGAGCCCUGGACAGGUUGAAUAAGAGCCACAUACCGACAGUAAACAACGCAAAACAUGUCAGCGCCACGGAGGAGAUGAAGAAAAAGUUUCUAGGUGCAAUGGCAAUGAAGGACUGA